UAUGUGUGGAGAUUAUUGACACAUAAAAUAUAUUAACAAAGGCUGAAAAAUAUUUAAUGAGAGUUUCGGUAGGAAAAAGCAAACAACUGUGUUAAGCUCAUCACGAAAGAACCAUUGUACAUAAUGGCAUACAUAAAUGUAGCUGAAUGGACUCCUGAUCAAGUUACAGACUGGCUUAAAGGUUUAGAUAAUUCGAUGUACAAAUAUAUCAAUUCAUUUGCAAAUAAUGAGAUCAAAGGACAUAUAUUACUCAAUAUAAGGCCAUAUGAAUUAAAUGAAUUGGGUUUAACAUCAAUCGGUCAUCAGGAAAUUGUAUUAGAAGCGGUCGACCAAUUACGAAAUUUUAAUUACGACUUAGAGAAAGAAAAUUUACAAUUUUUAGCACUACGAGUUGCGACUACUGCCAAAAAUUUACACAAUCAGUUAGCACAUUAUUCCGACAAAAGUAAAAUUGAAACACAAAUUUUAAAUGAUAUAUCUCGUGCAAUUGGUACUAUCAAACCGUUAGUGGGCUGGUUGGAUCGAUCUCCAUUUCAAGGUCAGGUUCAAUUUAAUGAAAUUCGCAAAAGAAUUUUACGACUGGGGAUAGAAAUGGCAACUAGCGCCCAUCGUGAUCGCUUCGUAGAAAAUCCAGUUGAUCAGAUACGUUUAACGGCUGAAAAGGUUGCCAAACUGGCUGACUAUAUUAUUCAAGAUAUAUCAGAUCCAAUUAUUUUACAACCUGCUACAUUAAAUUUAGUUACUUUAAAGAAAAGAGAAUCUGAGCUUGGAUUUAACAUAGUUCCAAACUAUCAUGGUAUUCACAUAAUAACGGACAUAAAAUACAAUUCACCAGCUGAUAUAUCUGGAAAGAUCGAAGACGGUGAUGAAAUAAUACAGAUAAAUUACCAAACUGUGAUUGGUUGGCACUACAAACGUGUUUUGCAACAGUUACAGGAGUCACCGCCAGACGUUUUGUUAACACUAAAAAAACGACCACGUCACACAAAGAUCUAUGGUCAAAUCUAUAUGAAACCUUAUCGUUUACCGAGUAAAAAACGAUCAUUACCUUACCGUUUUGGAGAAAAUUUACCAAGCCCACGAAUUGAAUUUAAUCAAACUCGAAACUUUCCAGUGCUUUUACCUCUCACUGAGAAAAGUAAUCUUUCUGAUUCAGACUCAAGUAGUUCUAGUAGUAUUUUGAUACCACCUGAAUCAACAAAAAGCAAUGAAAAAGAUCUUCGAUUGUACUUAUCAAAACCACGAGCAGUUCUUCAGAGACGAAACACCAUUUGCGGUGAUCAGGCAUCUGGAUUUAGAGGCAAUAUCACGUUUUGGCAUGAAAUGAACGUUCGACGAAACUUUGUGGAAAACAAUUUACGUGAUAAAUCUGUAUCAUUUGGUUUCGGUUUAGAAAUUUCAUCAGAUAAGCGGCCGAUUACUUGCAUUGGAAUUAAUGAUAAGUUCAGUAAUUUGGGAAAUGCGUUGAAGAGUUCAUUGCCAGAUAUUAAGACUGUUAAUAUUAAUCAAUUAAGUGGGAAAUUAAAAACUAACAACGUUAACGACAGCAUGACGUUUGUUACAUCGGAUGAAAUAAAAACUGGAACAGAAAAUAAAAUAAAGGUUGUCAAAUUUAAAUCAAUACAAGAUGAAGAAGAAAAUACGAAGCAAUCAAUUGAAUGUACAAAAAGCGCAAAUGUUAUUCAUGAUUUGGUACCUGAUCUACCCUUAAAGUUAAGACAAACAUAUUCUUCAAAUUCUGCAGAAAUUACCAACGCAAUAAACUUUUCUUUAGUCAAGAACAAUCCAGAACAAAUAGAAAAGAAUCACAAUGAUGACGACAAGCCUCCAGAAAUUGGACCACGAAUAGAAUUCUUGAAGAAAAUUGCUCCUAGGCCACCACCUAGACCCUCAAAAACUGCUGAUUUGGUUCACCGAAAAUACGACAUGUUGAAAGAAGAGAAAGAAAACAGGGAUUCUUCUGAUAUAUCUCCAAUUCCUAAAUUGGAAAAUUCAAAUGAGACACAGAAAUUUAUUAUUCCAAGUAAUUCAACAUUGAAUGAGUCAAAAUUAGUAGAAAAAACCUCGCCUUUGAUAGAUUUUAGAAAUACCAAUACAUGCCCAAAUCAGAAGAAAACACGGCCUGUAUAUUCCAAAUAUAUUAACUCUGACAGUAAUAAUGAAGAAUCAGAGUUACUCACGCCGAACAGAACAAAGUCUCUAACAUUGAAAAAGAAAAAUUCAAUAUUGGCAAAAAGACGGAACAUUUGUUUGAAAACUCUCGAAAUUAGCGAUAUUCAAGGACAUUUAUUUCGACGUACAAAAGAUAAACACGGUGUUACUUAUUGGGCAAAACAUUACUUUGUUUUGGUUGAAACGGCUCUUUAUGGAUUCCGAAAUAAGAGAUCUGAAAAAGCAAGUUGUUUGAUAUUUUUGCCAGGUUUUACUGUUUCUUUAGCUAAAGAAGUUCACUCGAAACCAUAUGCGUACAAAGUCUAUCAUCCGAAGAAAACAUUUUAUUUUGCUGCAGAAUCACAAGAAGCACUUUCUCAGUGGAUAGACUAUAUAAAACGUGCAACUUUAAAAGGAACUACAGUGAAUAUGGAUCCUAUGCUCGUUGAACGUAUCGACAAUAAAUAUUUAUUUUCGGAAACUAGCUCUGAUGAAGAAAAUGAAUUGGCUAAAGAAGACACAAUACAGCCAAGUUUAUUCAAAAAAAAUAUGCUGGGUGUAGGUAAAACAAAUAAAAAACGUAGUUCAACUGACGAAACUUCACCUUCAACGCAAAAGAGUGAGAAAUAUCAUCUGGGAUUUGGUUCUUUGAAAAAAUUCACCAACUUACAUAAUUUACCAUUCUCGUCUAACAGAACUGAAAAAGAGGAACGAAAAAAAGUUCAAAGUGAUAUCCCAGUUCCAACAGCACAAUACAAAAGUUAUCGAAAAAUUCCUGGCAAUGCUGGAAUGCAAUUGGGUUCAAACACGCUUUUAGAUUACAAUAUGAUGACACAACCGCUACAACAAAGUCAUUCAAAUGCUUCAACUUCUGUUAUAAGUGAACAAAUUACUCACAAGCAAAGUGAUUUAGGAAAGGAAUCAGAUAUAAAAUCUAAUGCAUCAAUUGUUAACGCUACUAUAAGUCAUGAAUCACUUUCUACAGGAAUGACAACACUUAGUGUCUUAAGAUCUUCAAUUCCUCCGCACAGAUCAAAUACAGCGUUGGCAUUACAAACCAAAAGUGAGCCAUUUGUUGCAAACGAACCAUUAUCAAAAUUAGCAAAAAAAAAAACAUCGCCUUUCAACUAUAUGCAUGCGUCAAAUCCAAAUUUGGUAGAAUUUACAUUCCAAACAUCAAAAAAUUUAGAUGUUGGCAUACCAAAAGUAAAUGUAUCUAAUACUUUUGAUCAGACACAAAGUUUACAAGGAUUUAUUACACUAAAAGAUCUAAUGCUUCAGCGUGAAGAGGAUGAAGCUCAUAAUAUGUACAAUAACCGAGUCAAUCUUGGAGUUGAAAAACCAAAUGACCGAUACACACAUAGAAAACCUCGUCAAUCAACAUCCAAUGAAUGUAAUCGCGCAUUAGAAGAAAAUGAAAAUUCACCGCAGGUUGGACAAAAACACACCAACAAUAAGAUUCAGAGGAGGAGUUUGCCAAAGACGCCCGACUAUGCACAAAGUUUUAAAGCGGAUGAUACGGAAAUAAUAAUGGCUCGUUCAAAAGAAGGUCAAAAAUUACGUGAUUUUGGAUAUGAGUUCAUUUCAGGCGAUGACAUAAAUAAUGAUAAUAUUAUCAGUAAUAAUAAUAAUAACUGUAACAUACCCGCUAUGUUUGUUAAAAGUAACGAACGUUUAACAAAACGUUCAAAAGGAUUGAAUUGGAUUGGAUUGAAUUUGGAUAGCAAACGAAAUGAUGAUGAUAAAAUAAUAAGUAAAGAGAAAAAAAAGCCCCCCGAAACAAGUGAGUUGAAUGAUGGUGCUAAUGAUAUUUUUCAUACGAUACCAACAUCACAAGCAAAUUUUUUAUCGGUGAAUGGAGUAUCUUAUCUAUCAAAACUAACAUUUCCAUCAAAAACUGUGAAAGAAAAACGACUUCUUGGAUCACCACGGCUACAUCGUGCUGCUUCUUCAAUAUUUGGACGUAAAAAUAUAGAUAGCCCGAUCGAUCAUGAUGAAUAUGGAUCAGCUGGAUUACCAUCGAUUGAUCAAUCUUAUAUACCUAAUGUAAAUGAAUCUAAAUCACGUUCUAAUAGAAAUGAAUAUAUACAAUCAACGCCGUCUUCAAUUACAAGUUCUACUGUGGAAAAUAUUGAAUAUCCGCCAAUAUUUGUGCCUGAAACAUAUUCUUUGCGUGAUACAAAUUGAUAACAACUAACUCAUAAGAUUUUGUGUAUUUUUGAAGUUUUUAUUAAAUUUAUAAAAAAUAUUAAAAUUUAUUGCGAAAUUCAA